UUUCCCAACGAGCGUUUGGCGGGAAUCUCGGUUCUCGACAGACAAACAUGGCGGUCGCUUAGUUCGUUCAGCUUUGCUGGGCAAAAGCCAUUUGCGACAUGACCGCAGUCAUUAAAGCAAAGAAAGACCGUUUUGUAAAGAUCAAACUUCAUCAUUCUGAGCUCAGGGCUGUUAAUUUUGGCGAAAUUACUCAACGAUUCGGCUGUUUGGAUGCAUAUAUCGUCGGUGAAGUUGUAAAAGCCAAUCCAGCAUUUAAUCAGCCUUAUCAUGGCAAGGUACAGCUGAUAAAACUGCAAGAUGCCCUCUCAACAGAGGCAAAUGCACGUAGUAAGACAGAUGAGUUCAAGUUCUUCCUUCAAGGUGAAGAUGUCAUUGAAAACUGCAAAAGUGUGGAUCGUGGUGAUGUCCUCUUAGUUGAAAUGCCCUUCAUUGUGCCAAAUUCUAACUCGUACAGUUUCAUUGCGAAUGAUGAGAGGUCUGAAGUCUCUAUUUGGGUUGUCAGGAAGACUGGAGCUUACAAAUGUUUGUACUCCGCUCAAGGUAGAGUUCCUUCAGAGAAAGAACCUUCUAAGGCUCAAAAGGUAGCAAAGUCUAAUCCGACACAGCCAGCACGAUCCUUGAGAAAGCGGCCACAUGAUUGUGAUAGCACAACAGAUAGCGAUGCCCCAGAGAAUCACAAAACUAGUCUUGCAAAAAGGUCUCCUGAGAGGCAAUCUGCUAGAAUCCAUAGAAAGCAAACUACAUCUCCGUCUCACAUUCCCAGAAGCCAUCAAACCCCAGAUUCUGCAAGGGCCGGUAGUGAAGAGAUAAGGGGGGAUAUAGAUGUGUCAGAGUUGGUUGACAUUGUAAGGCCUUUGAGGCGCCUCGCCAGGGCUGUGCCAUCAGGUGGAAUGAGUGACAAAGCAUCGAAGACAAGUGAGGAAGGACAAAGCAGCGUAAGUAAUCAAGUCGGGUCAAGGCCCCCAAAACCAGCUCCCCAGGGUAGGAAAGGGAAAGGUUUUAAACUCGGUCCAAAAGUCGCCCUUAGUACACCUAUGGAAAAGUCAGUCUUGAGGAACCCUGUUCUAUUGAACACUCCAGAAGAGUAUGUUCAAGGUUUUAACACUGUGGGAUACAGCCCAUCAGAUGCUGCUUCUGAUGGAAAGACAUUGGAAAGAAUUCCAGCAAAGUCUGCUCCAAAAGAGAUCGUACGCGACUGUGUUGUAUUAUUAAAAAAAUUUAAUGAUCAGCCUGGUACCAGUAGUAGAAAUACUGGUCUAGAGCAGGAAAAACCUGACAUAUCUAAAUACAGCAGGAAUGGAACAGGUGUGGAGAGACCUAAAGGCCAGGAAGAGUCCAUAAAUCAUAGUGACCCUUGGCAGAUGUCAGAAGACAAUGAAGAUUUGUCAAGUUCAGCUUGUAGUGGCCCAGCAACACCUAGUGGAACGCUUACCCCAUCAAAGUUUAAGGCUAAGUCGAAAUCAGCUACUGAAGGUAACCUCGCUGGGCAAGAUGAAACUUCCUCCGUGCGAACCUCUAGCAAUGCUGCAGAUGACGCCCGUAUCUCGACUACUAGCAGUCCAGUUACUCCAAGUGGAACGCUUACUCCAAGAUUAAAGGCUAAGUCAAACCCAUUACCCAAAGCUAACCUUACAUUGCAAGGUAAAACAACUUCUGUGCGACACUCUCAAAGAACUGACAAUCAAGCGCUGAGCCAAAAUAAUACUGAUCAAACCACACCUAGUGGAACAUUUACCCCAUCGAAGUUGAAGGCUGCGUCAAAACCAGUAUCUGACAGGGGCCUAGCAGGACAAAAUGACGGAUCUUCUGUUCGAAGGUCUAAAAGGGUUGCAGCUAAAGCGCAAGGUUCAGCUAGUAAUGGUCCAGCUUCUCCUAGCGGCACACUAACCCCAGAAAAACGUAAAGCUAGGUCUAACCCAUUACCCGACGAAAACCUGGUUGAGCAACAUCACACAGCUUCGGUGCUAAGCGCUACUCAAUCUGUGUCUACUAGGACUGUUCGAUUAAAUAGAUUGAUAGUAGCACAGACGGAACUGCAAGAAGACAACGCCCCGGAUCUUGGACAGGACGUCCAGCCACAGUCAGUACCAGCUCAGUCAUCUUCAAGUUCUGCCAAUGAGGAACCUCUCUCGACUACUUCAAGACCACAGCCGGCACAACAACCAGCUCAGUCUUCGGGUGCUACUCCACUGGAAGCUCAGGCAGAGGCACCCACGGUGUCUACAACUACAUGCGGUGCCGCAGCAACAAAGACUACUUCGGCAAUUUCACAGGGUGCUUCAACGUCUUUACAGGCCACCACACACAGUGUAUCGUCUCCUACAAAUGUCACUACUCAGGAUGGUGCUACUUCCAGGCAAUGUACUACAGCUACUGUGAGGUAUACAGUACCAUCGGGGUACACCAAGCUGUCUGACCUUUCUGCUGGAACUGUGGUUAAUGUUUACGGAGUGGUCAAGUUCUUCAAGUCACCAUGGCAGUCGCGAGGUACUGACAUGUGUUCGGUCGUAGUGCUAUCAGACCCUUCAUCCGACUCAUCCCUCGAAUGUGUCCUCUUUCAAGCCGCCGAAAAUCAGUUGCCGCAGAUUAAGAGCGUUGGUGAUAUUGUGCGUCUUCAUCGUAUCAAGAUCUCUAUGUACAAAGACAGGCUCCAGGCUAAGUCCAGUCGCGGUUUUGCGGCGCUCGUGAUAGGUCGAAGCUGGACCGGACCUGUGCGCAAAGAGGUAGCCUUGGUCAGCUCAAAUAGCUUCUCCUUUAGUGACGAUGACAAGCGAGUGAUGGAAGAGUUACGUGAUUGGUGCGCAUCUAAGCCUGAUGUAUUUCCGCAAACUCUCCAAGAGACUAUAUCUCAACUUAAACCUUCUAUGUAUUGUCACAUCCUAUGCAAAGUUAUGGGUGUGGCGAAACACAGGGACCUUGAUGCUGUAGUCUUGACCAUCACAGACGGGACAACACCUCAGUUCGCAGUCCAUUCCUUCGAUGAAACUGUCUACGAUAUUAUCGAGCCAGUGCCAGCUACUUCGCCAAACCCUCUGGUGGACGUAUUUGUCUUCGGAGAGCACUCGGCUACUGUAAGACGUCUCGGGAUCACUUCGGGUAGUCUGGUGUUGCUACACGGCGCUCAUGUAUCGACAUAUGUGGACCAGCCUGGAGCUAGUCUUUAUGACGUUGUCAAUCCGGAGUUGGAGAUUUGUCUCCAUAGGGGGCAAGACUAUGGACGUACUAUUACUUUAGUGCAACCGAACUCGCCUGAGGCCGUGAAUCUUACAGACAGACUCAAGUGAGGCUAUGGUACGAUUUGCAAUGCUAUCUAACGCUGUAGUGUGUUUUAUUGUGCUGUAGAGCGCAAUGCCGCAUUUAGAUGACAUGUGUUAGUCGUAUUCUGUGUCGACUCAUAUUCUGUAUUGAGUCAUAUUCUGUAUCGAGUCAUAUUCUGUAUUUAGUCAUAUUCUUAGUUCUGUAGAUAUGAACAUGGAUGGAAUAUUUCUAUAACUUUAAAAUAAAAUAUCUCAAUCAUUAAUUUUGUGAUUUUAAUAUUAAAAUCGUUAAAAAAUUG